AUGUCCACGCCAUGUAUGAACGUGGAACACGCGAGCUUGCUGCUCUGUCUGGCCGACGCUAACAAAGCCGAGGAUGCAGCUGGAGUAGAGGAAGAAGACGCCUCUGUCGGCCUGGAAAAUAGCCGCCCAGAGGUGUCUACUGAGGAGGGACCGGGUACGAACAACCCGCGUGAGCCCGAUGAUAGUCCCUCGGACAUGUGGACUAAGCGACAACAGGAAUACGAUUUUCUGCGACUGAUAGAAGAAGCACCAGAAGACGAUGAUGCUGAGGAAGAUCUGUACUCUCGCAUUUCAGAUGCUUGCAUUGCCAUGUUACGGGCUCACCAUUGGCUCUCGAUCGAUCCACGUCAAUUUUCUCUUCAACAAUUCUACGUGCCCGAGACACUUUACUUCAAGUUGCUGGAAGAUAUGGGCAGGCUCACAUACUUAAAGGCGUCACCUACUGAAGAUCACCCUCCACAACAAACAACUGGGCAAACCCCUCCAGCCCCGACAGGGCCGGCACCUGACCUGCCAAUCGUACGCAGAGUUGAGCCUUAUGAGAAGUCGCCCAAGACGUCGGACCAAUCUCAACAAGUACAGGUCAAUCGUCUCCCUUCACCUACCGAAAAGAGGACAGUAUAUUCACCCGUUACAACGGCUCUAAAGUCUACUCCGUCGACGAGUCCGAACGUCCGUGCCAACGCCGACACUGACGUCCUUGACACCAACCGCAACACCAACCGCAACACCAAUCGCAACACCAACCGCAACACCAACCGCAACACCAACCGCAACACCAACCGCAACACCAACCGCAACACCAACCGCAACACCAAUAGCAACAACACAAGCUUGUUUUCGGUUGCCGCCUUUGACGCUAUGUAG